UCUUCUGUAUUAGCGCGCUACACCUCCGUCUAUCACACGCUGAGUCCAGAGGCCCCCAGAGGACAGAAAAAAACGGGCCAGAAGUCAACAUCUGCAAGGCCGAAAAAAGAUUAAGGUUAUGAAACAAUGGAUGACUGACCAAUAAGAAAUAUUGACUUUACUAUUCCCAGGAGCGUCACGUCACUCUUUGAUUAUUUUUUCCACACUUUUUCUGACGCUAGAUAUUUCUCUUCUCUCUUGGCAAAAAAGGAGACAACUUUCUGUUUGGAUUUUUUUCCUGCUUUGCGAAGGAUUUUAUAUUCAUUUUUGAUAUAUAUAUAUUUUUUAAACAAAAGCCUGUGAUAGGGUGCUUCUCCUCCAAAGACUUUUGUUGGGGAUGUUGAGCUCUGUGAAGAUGGAAGCCCACGAUAUACCAGAGUGGAAUACUUUCUACAGCGAGGCCAGUGAGAUGUAUUCCUCUCCCAGCACCAUGAACUCUGGUCUGGGCUCCAUGGGCUCCAUGGGCACCAUCAACAGCUACAUCAACCUGAAUCCGGCCACCGCCUCCCCCGCAGGUAUGAACAUGGCAUACCCCAGCUCCAGCCUCAGCAGUUCCCCGCUGGCCUCCAUGGGCUCCGGGCCUGGCCACAUGUCUCUCUCACCAGUGGCCUCGUCACUCAGCUCAGGCCCUCUAACCCAGUUGGGCCCCGCUGCUCCCGGCUCCCUGGGCUCCUUGUCCCACUACCAGAACAUGGGCCAGUCCAUGAGCCAGCUGGGCUACAGCUCCACUGCGAGCCUGAGCCGGCCUGGGCCGAAGGAGAUUCCCCCAAAGCCUUACCGACGCUCCCUGACCCAUGCCAAGCCGCCAUAUUCCUACAUCUCCCUCAUCACCAUGGCAAUCCAGCAGAGUGGCAGCAAGAUGCUCACCCUGAACGAGAUCUACCAGUGGAUCAUGGACCUGUUCCCCUACUAUCGUGAGAACCAGCAGCGUUGGCAGAACUCCAUCCGCCACUCGCUCUCCUUCAAUGACUGCUUUGUGAAGGUGGCUCGCUCACCGGACAAGCCGGGCAAAGGUUCCUACUGGACUCUGCACCCGCAGUCAGGCAACAUGUUUGAGAAUGGCUGCUACCUGAGGCGCCAGAAACGCUUCAAGAUCGAGGACAAGCUGGCGAAGAAAGCAGGCAAGAGCCAGGAGGGGGGCUCGGGUAAAGGAGGCCACGGUGGAGAUCACCUGGUGGAAGAUCACAGCCCCACAGGAGGAUCAGAGGGAGCUGACUCCGCCCACUCAGACAACUCCCACCCGGGCUCUUCAGAUGACCAGCCGCAUUCCCGAAACUCCCUGGUUCAACUAGACUGCCCACCGCUGUCCUCCUCACACCUCCACAGCCCACCUGUCUCCCUGACUCCGUCCUCCUCCACAUCAUCCUCCAUCCCUCCAUCCUCCUUGUCUCUCUCCGCCACCUCCUCCUCCAACCCUCUCCUCCAUUCCCAGUCUUUACCAGGCAGCACUCACCUCCUGCCCAGCUCCAUGCAGCAGCACAUGGACCUACAGAGCGACGCCCUCAAGUCUCUGGACCCCCACUACAACUUCAACCACCCAUUCUCCAUCACCAAUCUCAUGUCCAACGAGCAGAAGAUGGACCUCAAGUCCUACCAGGACCAGGUGAUGGCCUACAACAGCUACACAGGAGGCUCUCCUGUGGGAGCCAAGCAGAUCUACGACAGCCCCGGGCCAGCCACCAUGGACUCAGGCGCUUACUACCAAACUCUGUACAGCCGCUCGGUGCUCAACGCCUCCUAAUAUGGACAUUCACCCUCCCCUACCCCACCCCACCCCUACACACACACACACACACACACACACACACACACACACCUGUUUGUAGAGGUGAGCCAAGAUGGAGACUUCUCUUUCUCUCUUCCUUUUCUAAAAUGGACACCCCAGCUCUCUUUUAUCUUCCUCUUUCUCUCUCUUUCCCUCUCUGGCUCAUGUCCAGUGGCCUUGGAAGAGACUCACAUCUAAAAUGGCUGCCACAUUUGAGAGACCAAAGAACUUUUUUUUUUUCUUUUACCAACUCUGACGAACAUGGAGACUGGUUGGUUACACGGAGGAUAGAAAAGUGAUGCUGGAUGAUAAAAAAAAUUCAACACUGAUGAUGACGAUAUUUGACUCCUCUGUAUGUAAGUCAUUACAGAUGUCAGAUCCUCUCUUUGCCUGUCACAGGAACACUGCAUGGCAAAAUUGGCUUUGUAUAAAAUGUAAAUAGAGGUAAUGUGGGGGGAAAGGAUAUUUGCAUUUAUUUAUGAAGGGAAUAAAUUUUAAUAUAUCUUGUAUAGUGCUCUGCUGACCAGUUACAACCCAAAUGUGAGGGGUUUUUUUAUCCAAAGAUGGAGAGAAGGAGGCGAGUUUCAGGUUACUGCUUCAGGCAGGUGUUACUGCAGUGGGAGACAGUAAAGUUGAUUUAGUUUUUUGUGUUACAGCAUUUCUCACAUUUCUCACUACUACGUUCAGUCAGAUCUGUCAGAUCAGACAUCCGUCAAUAUAAAUGUAGCCUUGGAAGUUGUUUUUAAGAAGAAAUGGUUUGUUGUUUAUGGUUGAUAUGAAGAAAAAAACCCAAAGCCAUUUUGUCCUUGCUGGAGCACAAAUGAAAAAAAAAAAAAAAAAAGGCGAACACUUUUGCAGCCAGAAGGAAAGAGGCAAAGUAACUGUGGUAAAAAAAAAAAAGAAAAAAAGAAGAAAAAAAACUUUAAAAAAGGCUGUUGUGUUUAUAUUUUUUUCAUUUUCCAUACACAUUUCCUUUUGUUACCUAUACGGGGGCAUUACAAUGAAAUGCUUUUCCACAGACUGUAACAUUUUUGAAUAACAGAUAGCGAGUGAGGUUCAGUCAGUUACUAAAACAGUGGAGGGGAGGAGAGAUGCACUAUGGGAGGAUUUACAUACAGUACUUUGCACUAUGGAGCUCCCACUGGCCAGGUGGGCUGAUGGGCUGGUGUGUGUGUGUGAGUUACAACAAUGCUUAGGAAUGCCCCCCUCCCCAAAAUAUUAUCAAAGGAUCAGCUCAAUGGGAUCAAUGUAACAAUGUAAAAAGGUUUCAUAUAACUCUCGCUGUCCCAAAAAAAAAAGUGCCUUUUCUUCAAAUGACUGCUGAUCUGAUAAGAGAUCAAUGUAUAGAUGAUCUAUUGAAGGAUUAUUCUGAUAAACAG